AAUAUGUCAGUCUCAGUCUCAGUAAUACAUCCUGCACUGAAGGUGCUGCUGCAGUCGCUGCAGCGCCAUUGCAUUGCUUGACAUGUUACUGUUCUGUUAUGAUAUUUAGUACCAAGACCUAGUAACUUUAUUCUAUUUUGACCUCAGUGUAAAAUAGAACAAAAUAGGACAAUUAUUUAAAAAAAAAAAAAAAGGACAAAACUAAACUAAGUUUUAAAGAAUUAAAUGAAUUCAAAGGACAGUUACUUGAAAGAAAAGGACGAAUGGUCACCGUAUGUAUAGGCCAGCCAUGUCCACUCACGAUCAAUAAACUCCAUUGGACAAAUUUCGGAUAUCUACAAAUCCGCUGACUGACCGGUAUUGGUCGAAAAUUGUGACGAAGAAUAUGGAAGGACGAUAGUGCGACACUCACAAUUUGUACGAACGAAAGCCUUAUGAGUUUUUAAAUGGAUAAACGUCAUAUAAAAAUUAUAAAAUCAGCUUAAUGUACAUGAAGUGACAGGAAUACUUUUAAUAAUUGUGUGUAAAUAAUAUCAUUAAAAAUAUGUCAUCGACAUAUUUAUCAACUGGCCGUUUAAACGUGGGGAUUAUACAAGAACAAGUUCGAAAAGAAUUACUUUGCUUACUCGAAAAAUGUGAUGGUACAAAGGCAAUUAUAUGGGACGAAUCUCUUGCUGGACCGAUUGAUCUUGUUGCAAAAUACAGUUUGCUAGAGGAACACGAUGUGGUUAAAGCGUAUCCAUUACGUAGUGGAAGUUUAAAUAUACCAUCAAAUAUUAUGAACAUAAUAUUUAUUACUAGAGCUGAAUUAGAUCUCAUGGAUUUAAUCGCUGAAAAUGUUCACAAUAUAUUAAUUUGCAGUGAGAAUGAAAAAAGGCCACGCAAAGAAUUUCAUUUAUUUUUUGUACCUCGAAAAAGUCUUGUUUGCCAAAAGGAACUCCAAAAUCGAGGAGUUUUUGGUAGUUUUACGUUAAUAGAAGAAUUUAAAUGUGACUUAUUUCCUUUUGAUAAUGAUCUUCUUUCUAUGGAACUUAGUGGAUCGUUUAAGGAAUUUCAUUUAGAAAAUGAUCCAACCAGCUUGUAUCAAGUUGCACAAGCCAUUCAUGGUUUGCAAAAGUUAUAUGGGAAAAUCCCAAAAGUUACAGGGAGAGGAUGUGCUGCUAAUCAAGUUUGGGAGUUAUUGAAAAGAUUAAGUCGAGAAGAAGAAGAAAUUAAAACAACGUCUACACAAUCAACUACUAUAGAAUAUUUAUUAUUAUUGGAUCGGUCUAUAGAUUUACUUUCACCUCUAGUUACACAGUUAACGUACGAAGGACUAAUAGAUGAAAUUUUUGGGAUAGACUGCAAUAUCGUCAAGUUGCCAGCAAAAAGAUUUUGUGAUUCAGAAGAUUCUCCAACAACGAUAUCUCUUAAUGAAAAAGAACAAAUCAUACUUAAUUCCGGAGAAGAAUUGUUUGCCGAAAUUAGGGACAAAAAUUUUAAUGGCGUAGGCCCUGUCCUUAGUAAAAAAGCCAAAGUUAUUUCGUCGCAGUUUGAUGAAAAACAUAGAGAUAAAAGCGUACAAGAAAUCAAACAAUUUGUAGCACGCUUACCACAUAUGUUGGCCACCAAGCAGUCAUUAGCAACACAUACAACAAUAGCAGAAAUGAUAAAAGAAGUAACAGAUUCAAGUAAUUUCCUAGAAUCGUUGCAAGUUGAACAAGAAUUAUUGAAUUGCAUCGAUACGGAUAAGCCGAAUGCUUAUAUAGAAGAUAUGAUAGCACAACAACAACCACUUAUUAAAGUUUUACGGCUUCUUUGUAUACAGUCCUUAACAAACUCUGGACUGAAACCAAAAUUACUAGACUAUUAUAAAAGAGAAAUAAUUCAAACUUAUGGGUAUCAACAUUUACCAACGAUAUUAAAUUUAGAAAAAGCUGGAUUAUUAAAGCAACAACAAUCCGCUCGUCAGUAUGCAGUUUUACGAAAAGCAUUAAGACUAACGGUCGAGGACGAAAGUGAAAUUGCACCAAAAGAUAUUAGUUACGUUCAUUCUAUAUAUGCACCACUAACUGUUCGAUUAGCAGAACAACUUGUACAACCGACUGGUUGGCAAGGCUUAAACGAUGUAAUGGGUUUGCUACCAGGUUCUACUAUCGACAGUGCUCCAUCUAACAUUUUGUCAUCUGGAAGAAGAAAUUCUGUUACCAGCGAAGAUUAUAAUUCUGAACCACCAAAGCUGGUAAUGGUUUUCUUCAUCGGAGGGUGUACAUUCGCAGAAAUUUCUGCUCUCAGAUUUUUAUCUCAACAAGAUGAUCUAAACGUAGAAUUUGUUGUUGGCACUACAAAGCUAAUCAAUGGAAACACGUUUUUAACGUCAUUAAUGGAAAAUUUAGAAAGUACAUAAUUUAUUAUAGGUAAAUAUAUUGAUAUUAAAUAUUGUUAUUAGAGUUUAUAUUUAUAUGUUUAUAAUUGUGUAUACAUAUCUUAAAGAACUGACAAGUGCAUUUAUACCUAUGUAUGAACUUUUAUCUUUUAGAAAUACACAUUUUAUGACUCUUU